CUCUCAACUCUCUCUCUCUCUCUCUCCUUGUCAUUCCACCUCAACUUAAAAAAUCGCCAGCCUCCGGAAAACGUUCGAUCGAAACCCUAAAUGGAUAUCUGUAGAUAUUGUAUGUGAAUCGAAAUCGACAUGAGAUAUCGAUGAUUCUUCUUCCUCUCGAUCUCUUCCAAUGCCUGCAGAUGAAGCCUCCUUGGAAAAUUUUGGAUUUUUCUGCUGAAAGAAAAUUUUGUAAGCUUUAUUGAGAGUGAAUCAUGGAUAUUGCCGAGGUCGAAGAGAGUCUUUUUGCAGCUAGUGAUGCGAAGCUACAUGGUGGAAUGUGUAGAAAACUUUCAGCGAUUGUUUGUAAAGUGUUAGUAAUUUUUCCAGACUUAGAAGCAGCACGGCCGAGGAGCAAGUCCGGCAUACAGGCACUUUGUUCCUUACAUGUGGCACUUGAGAAGUCCAAAAGCCUUCUUCAACAUUGCUCGGAUUGCAGCAAACUUUACUUGGCUAUAACUGGGGACUCUGUUCUUCAAAAAUUUGAGAAAGCAAAAUGUGCUCUUGAGGAAAGUCUUAAGCGCGUUGAAGACAUCGUACCCCAAGCUAUCGGUUGUCAAAUACUGGAGAUUGUCAGUGAGCUUGAGGGAACCGUGUUCUCACUCGAUCCUGUAGAGAAGCAGGCUGGUGAUGAAGUGAUUGCAUUACUCCAGCAGGAGAGAAAAAUUAACAGCAAUUCAAGUGACAACCAUGAGCUUGAAGCCUUUCAUCAAGCUGCCGUACGGCUGGGUCUUACUUCGUCGAGAGCAGCUCUCGCAGAGAGAAGAGCUCUCAAGAGGCUGAUUGAAAGAGCCCGCAUCGAGGAAGACAAACGGAAAGAAUCCAUUGUUGCUUACCUUUUGCAUCUCAUGAGAAAAUACUCCAAACUGUUCAGGAGUGAGUUUUCAGAUGAUAAUGACUCCCAGGGAUCAACUCCUUGUUCCCCCACAGUCCAGGGCUCCUUCGAGGAGGGCAAUGGCCCUGGAGGUAACAGUCAGACCUUUGACCGGCAGUUGUCAAGACUUAGUUCUUUCAAUUUCAAGCCAACUGGUAGGAAAUCAGGAAGCAUGCCAACACCACCUGAGGAGUUCAGGUGUCCAAUCUCAUUGCAACUCAUGUAUGACCCCGUAAUCAUCUCAUCUGGGCAGACUUAUGAGCGGGUCUGCAUUGAGAAAUGGUUCAGCGAUGGGCACAGUACCUGCCCGAAAACUCAGCAGCAGCUUUCUCACCUUUGUUUAACUCCAAAUUACUGUGUUAAAGGUCUGAUUGCCAGCUGGUGUGAACAUAAUGGGGUUCCUGUUCCCGACGGACCUCCUGAGUCUCUCGAUCUUAACUACUGGAGGCUGGCUCUAUCAGAGGGUGAGACCACUAAUUCAAGAUCUAUGAUGAGUGUCGAGUCUUGCAAUCUAAAGGGGAUUAAAGUACUUCCUUUGGAGGAAAGUGGGAUGAUAGAGAAACUUGAAGAAAAUGAUGUGGGCGAUUUAGAUAGGUCUUGCGAAGAGAACCAGGAGGCUGAGGACAGUGACGUCGAUAUAUACGAAAGAUAUAAGAGCUUGCUGGAAGUUUUGCAUGAAGGAGAAGAUAUAAGGAUGCAGUCCAAAGUGGUGGAAAGGAUAAGGUUUUUGCUGAAGGAUGAUGAGGAGGCUAGGAUUUUUAUGGGUGCAAAUGGAUUUGUUGAAGGGCUGGUGUGUUUUUUGGGGUCGGCUGUCCACGAAGGGGAUGAGAAGGCUCAGGAGGUUGGUGCCAUUGCUCUCUUCAACCUUGCUGUUAACAAUAACAGGAACAAGGAAAUGAUAUUAUCUGCAGGAGUGAUUCCCCUUAUUGAAGAGAUGAUCCUCAAUUCCAACGCCUACGAAUCCGCCACAGCCCUCUACCUCAACCUCUCCUGCCUCCAUGAAGCGAAGCCCAUCAUCGGCUCGAGCAGAGCUGUGCCCUUCUUAAUUCGCCUUCUCCGAGCUGACUCUGAAACCCAGUGCAAGCUUGACGCGUUGCACGCCCUCUACAACCUCUCCACCCACCCCUCUAACAUCCCCCGCCUUCUCUCUGCCGGUAUCGUCAAUGGCCUUCAGGGCCUCCUCAUGAUGGGCAAUGCCAGUCAUGGUGGUCACACGGGGGCUGAGAAGUCAAUUGCCGUCCUCAUAAACUUAGCCUCGACCAAACCAGGAAAGAAAGAAAUUGUAUCCACGCCAGGCCUUAUCAGCAGCCUUGCAUCUAUCUUAGACAUGGGCGAGCCCAUCGAGCAAGAGCAAGCGGUCUCAUGCCUUUUAAUCAUAUGCCACGGGGAUGAGAAAUGCAGCCAGAUGGUGCUACAGGAAGGGGUGAUACCGGCACUGGUGUCUGUAUCAGUGAACGGUACAGCAAGAGGGAAGGAGAAGGCGCAGAAGCUACUAAUGCUGUUCCGGGAGCAGCGACAGCGGGACCCAUCACCAGUUCGGCCACCACAGCGAGCUGAGAGCAGCAGUGGGGCCCCGGAGCCUAAGCCGUUGUGUAAGUCCACGUCAUCAAGGAAGGUGGGAAGGGGGUGGAGUUCGAUAUGGAAGAGCAAGAGCUUUUCAGUGUACCAGUGCUAGAGAUGAUGGCUACUGCUACAGCCUUUUGUAUAUUUAUGUUGUAUCUUUCUUCUUUUCUUCUUUUUCUCUAUGGGCAUUAUUUUUAUUUGCCUCGUUUUAUUAAAAAAAAAAAAAAAGAAAAGAAGAAGAAGAAGAAGAAAAGAAAAGCAAUUUGAGAUGUAUAGAGGCCUGUUGGGAUGUUGGAUUUUGUUAUUCGUUGGCUGGUUGGUUUCUUUCUUUAUUUCGUCUGUUUUUCUGAAA